GAGGGGGAAGGUGAAGAACUCCACAAUUCUCCCCCCCCCCUUCAAGAGGAACCUUCUACGCGGCUCUCUUUCUACCCGGAUCUCUUUCACUACAGGACUUCCGUGGGAUGACGGGAGGGCUGAGGCGGCGGGCGAUGGCGCUGCCCGUGGGGGCCUCUUACAGCCGUUGCCGCUGGCUGUUGCGGUUCUCUCUCGCCCAUACCCGCCGCUGUUCCCUGCUCUCGGCGGCCGCGUCUCAGGCCAAGCCCGGCUGGCUCGGGCUGCCCCGGCCUCCCUCUCCCUGGACGGUUGUCUCGCCGUCGACGCCCCGCCUGCCGUUGCCCCCCGUACGACCCUAUAGCAGCGACUCGGAGGGAAAUGAGCGGCGGAAACAGACAGUGGUAGUCGUGGGAGUCCCCAACCCCCUCGUGUGGCUCCGCACCCGCCUCUACUUCUUCCUCAUCCGAGCUUAUUUCGACCAGGAUUUCAGAGUCGACGAGUUCACUCAAGGGGCCCGGCAGGCUUUUGCUCUUGUUUCAAGGCUAGUUUCUCAAUGUAAAUAUGAUCUGCUAGAGGAGCUUGUAUCAAAAGAGAUGCUGCAGGUGCUGAAAGAGAAGCUUUCUUCACUGUCUGAAAGCCACCGAAGUGCCCUAGCUGCUGAUAUGGAUGAAAUAAUGUAUACAACAGCAGGAGAUGUUGGCAUUCGCUAUGAUGACAGUGGAAGAAAGUUUGUUAGCAUCCUGAUGCGUUUCUGGUAUCUGACUAGCGCUGACCUCCCUGAUGAAACUCCAGAAGGAACCAAAGUAUUUGAAUUUCGAGAUGAAACUUCAAAGGAAACAAAGCGCCUUUUAACAGCAAAUUAUGAAUUUCAAAGAGAAUUUACACAAGGUGUGAAACCAGACUGGACAAUUACAAGGAUUGAACAUCCAAAACUAUUAGAAUGAAUACACUGAAUGCUUUCAUAGACAAUUAUUAAUAUUCUGGCGUAUGUCAAGAUUUGUGUGCCACAAUCUUUCUUGAACUGUUUUUGUACUUCUUGAUUACCCACACACAGUCUUGCUCCGAAGCAUAAAAAUAAAAUCUUUUUCCACCAGACUUGGAAAUUUCACA